AUGAUAAAGAAAACAAUUUCGUGGAAUGUACAGGGUCUAGGGGACAAAGAUAAAAGAAUAGUCAUCAACUCAGUACUUUUGAAAUGGAAUCUUGAUGUGGUAUUACUUCAAGAAACAAAACUCCAAGAUUUUUCUGUUCAGCUCAGAAGAGAGGUUUGGUGCCACCCUAAUGUAGAUUAUUGUUACAUACCUUCUAGGGGAACUAAGGGUGGGAUUAGUAUAUUAUGGAGGAAGGAUAAAAUAGAUCUCAUCGAAAAAAUAGAAGGAAUUCAUUCUUUAUCUUGUAUAUUCAGGUCGAAGACGUCACAUUUGGAGUUCUACAUAUCAAAUAUAUAUGCCCCAAUUGACAGGAAAGACAGGAGAACAUUAUGGAGGGAACUAGGAGAGGUCAUGGGGAUAUGGAGUAUUCCUGGAUUCUUAGGAGGGGAUUGGAAUGUUACAAAAUCAAUUGCAGAUAGAAAUAGAGAUCGAGGAGUUAGUCGGGCUAUGCGAGAUUUCAUAAGUUUCAUCACCAAACAUGAUCUGGUGGACUUACCCCUUAGUGGUGCUAAGUACACUUGGUCUAACUUUCGAGAAAACCCAUAUUGA